UUGAGGACCGGGUUCGUCCCCGUUAACGUUAAGUUAAUCAACGAUCGCCGAAGGGCAGUGGGCCAAUUGCCUCGAAGAGUUGAAACGACAAACACCAUACAGGCGCUAAAAAUUGCGCUCAAAAUCACGAAAUGCAGACCAAUACCGCCUCCUCCUCCCUUUCUUCUUCAGCUGCUACGGAGUCUCUCCUGCAAGCCCUAACCACCAGAGGCUGGUGCUUCGGAGACGUCAAUCAAGUCAAAGCAUUGAUCACAGCUCAGUUAUCGUUACAUGGCGGUCGCUGCACCGUUGGCUUGAUCGAAUCGGAGCUGGUCAAUAUGGACCUGCGAUCUAUUGGUGGGAAAUGCUUGCCCGAACCUGCUAUUCUACGCAAAGUCUCUCAUUUUCAAGGCCCUAAAGUCCUUCAGAUAUCUUCAGUUAGAGAUAUAUCUCGAAGUACAGCUGAGAGUUCAGGAAAUUCUGAAAAUCAUCGUCUAUUAAGAUUGAAACUCACUGAUGGACAUUCUGAAAUAACUGCAGUAGAGUAUUCUCAUGUGCCAUCAAUUCCUGAAGAUGUUAUCCCCGGGACUGAGGUCCAACUGCAAAAUAGAGCUGAGAUUCAUGAUGGUAUUAUCUGCUUGCAUGAUAGGAUAAUUACUAUUUUAGGAGGUAUCGUGCAAUCACUUCAUGAAGAAUGGCAGAUGAAGAAUAAAUACUUGGUUAACUCACUCUCCACCUCAAGGCUAUUGCAUGAAAGUGCUGAAGGUCCACCACCAUUUGAGAAGCUCCAAAUUCAGGCGCCUCCACAACGAAUUGCCGGCUUUUCUAGGUCAUCUGUCAAUGACUCUGGCCGCACCUUGUUUAGGAAAGGUGAAAGCUCCAAAAUGAGUCAAACCGGUGGACUCCAGAACAGUGAUCCAGCCUUGGAUAGUGAAAAUAAUGAUGCAGAACAUCCUGAUAAUGUUAAUAAAAGUAAGGAAAAUCCGGCCAGCUCUGACACAAGAUUAAAAGUUGCUGCAUCCAUACCUGUUCAAAAUCAAGCUGCUGCCCAAAAACUUCUCCAGAAAAAGAGCCUGCCUGAUUUUGGGGAUCUCCAUUCCAGAGGUCAAAGGAAUAGAAGGAAGGGAAAAGAGGAAGAUUUACCUAUGUUCACGCUGGAUGAGUGGGAAAGGAGAAAAGCUGGAGUCAAUCUUCCAAGAACAGAUGAGCUUUCUGAUAUAAACCAAGAUGAGGAUCUUGCUCGACAGCUUCAGAGGCAAUUUGAUUUGGAAGAUAUUCAUGAACAGAAGGAUCCUCUUAUGCUGGAUGCAGAUGGUAUAAAGAAGAGCAUGUUCAAUUUCGAAAGAGAUGAUAGUGGGGCCUUCAGUGGAACUAGAAGUAGAGGUAGAGGAAGAGGAAGGGGAAGAGGACGGGGAAGGAGAGGAGGGAGGGGGAGAAAUUAACCAUGGUAGACUUCUCUUUUAUCCUCCUUUUCUUUGUGUCGAUAUGCCCAUUAAUUCCAACCCUUGUGCUGCCAAUCCUAGAAACAAUUUUUUAUGCAUCUUGUACCUGCCUGUGGUAAUUUUGAACUGCUAUUUUAGAUUUUUGGAUGGUACAGAAAUUUUGUUUGAGAUCGACAGAUCAAUGCAUCAACAUGUUAUGUUGUGAAAU